GCCUCAAGGCUAUAUAAUACUCUCAGCCAACAACUGCCACGUCCUUUGUCUUCUCCCAUCUGCACCAUAUCAGACACUCACAACGCCGACAUAUCUGCCCUGAUACCACCUGGUGAUAUCCUCAUUCACGCAGGUGAUCUCACUCAUUCUGGCACUCCACAUGAGCUCCAGAUCACCUUUGACUGGCUAGUCUCCCUUCCACAUGAACACAAAAUC